AUGGCCUCGCAGAACGAGCCCAAGACGACUGGUCUUGGUGACCUCCCACAAGAGCUAUAUGACAAGAUUGCAAACCACGUUAUUGAUGGCAACUUGGACAAAGGUACAAAGCGGGACCUGAGAGGGCUAAUGACAGUCAACAAGCAGUUCUACAACAGCUGCACCAGACUGGUUUACAAGACGGUUGAGCUGAGAUUAAGAAGCAGCGAGCCGUACAUCCCCGGUUCAAUCCAGAGGCUGUCGAAGAGUGAACGCCGUCAGUUUGUCCAGCACAUCGAUCUCGUUAGCUUGAGCUCCUCCAUAUGGCCCAACACUGCCGCAAAGAUGCAGGCCAUUCGAGAGAUCCCGACUGUGCUUGCCCGAUUUCCUGCAUUAAAAUCUCUCCAUGUGGAUCUGGGGUUCAUGUUCCCGCAUCCCCCUCGGCCGUCUGGACUGGGGCCUGUUGUCGAACUCGACAAUGAAGAAGUAGAACUGCCAGCCCAGCCUCUUGGAGGUGCUUUCCAGCUCUACCCCAACGGCAUCCAAGCACUGUGUCUUCACCGGAGCUUCUUCAUGUCCGGCUGGUCCUAUGACCAUACAAGGGACUUGGCUCGUAUAAUGCCGUCCCUGCGGUUUUUCAAGUUCGACGGUGGUUUAUUCCCAUGGCAUUCAUGGGAAGGCCAGGCAUGGGAAGGCCAAGUGCUCGAGACUCUGCGAUACGCAAAAAGACUAGAGGUCCUGAGUAUUCAGUCUGUAACGCAGGUCUUGCGAAACUGCAUAAAAUACCUUCCUCGGGAUAUUCCUCUGCGUCACCUCGAGAUCAGCCAGGUAAUACUUCCACCUUCUGACCUAGUCUCAAUCGCCAGGUUUGCGCACUCCUUGGAGGUCCUUGAAAUUCACGCAGUCGAGAUAACUGACGGGACCUGGGAGGAAGUGUUCAACUCACUGUGUGCCCUUCGCAGGCUUACUGUCUUUAGAGGGAAAAUGUUUGUAUACAAAGUAAAUGUAUUCCCCGAUCACGAGGCAGACUCUGCCAGACAGGUAGCUGCAUUUAACCGCUUCAUGAAGCAGGUACUCGUGAAUAGGGACCGUUUGGGUAUUAACGCGACAUAUCAGGGUUCCAGUCUGCUUGCAGCUCGGAGGGGUGGUCGUUGCACUUUGGGUGAAACCCCACUGUGCUGGUGA